AUGUUCUGCUCAGCAGUACGGCGUAACAUGAGCAGCAGAUUGUUGGCCUACGAAACAAGAACUGUGUCACAAAUUUCUACAUAUUUGCAUCCGACCUUAAGGACCGGCUUUCGUCAACCUGAAAAUAUGUUAUCUGCUAAAGACCAGGUGAGGCGGGAGUUGGGGAGUCUGAUACUGGACUCCAAUAAUAAAACUGAUGCCACAUACUCUGAUUCAAUACCUACGACUGAGCAGGUGGCAAUAAAGAAGCCGGGAAUUUUGGACUUCUUAAAACAAAGAAGGACUGAGACUGGUGUUCUAAAUGCGACUGCUUCUGCAGUAAACAUACUGCGCAUAUAUGUGGAAACCGAGAUUGACCCUAGGCGAGAAGACAAACAUACAGAAGUCGCUGGCACUUACUGGAAAACAAAAAAUAUAUUUGGCGCCGCUUAA